AGCAGGUAGCGUGAUACCCCGCCCGGCCCGCUGGACCUAAAAAUUGGUUUGCUAAGGUAAUGGAGGUAUUCCUCGGAGCAGAGAGGGGCAAACGUCAGGCAGGAAAGAGGAACAAGAAACAUCAACAGUCACAAACCGAAAUUCCUCCCCUCCGUAUCCCACACCGCGUCAAAGCUUGAGCUUUUUGCACACCCCCUUUCGAACACAGAGAAGCUUCUUGUCUCUUUUUUUGUUAUUUGCACCAGCGAGCACUAGUCUCUUAUUUCCUCCCGUCUUCCUUCAUUCAUCAUGUCGUGGCAAGCUUACGUUGACACCAGCUUGGUCGGCACCGGCCACAUUGACAAGGCCGCCAUCAUCAGCAUCGCCGGUGACAGCACGUGGGCGUCGAGCGCCGGUUUCACCCUCUCCGCCACGGAGAUGAAGGUCGUUGCCGAUAUCGUUACCGGAAAGUCGGACGUCAAGGACAAGGCCUUUGCCGAUGGUCUGUUCAUUGGCGGCGAGAGAUACGUCAUGGCCCGUGCCGAGGAGGGUGCCAUUUACGCACGAAAGGGCAAGGAGGGCAUCGCCGUCGCCAAGUCGACCCAGGCUAUCCUUCUCGGCCACCACGGCGAGAACGCGCAGGCCGGUAGCGCUACUCUGGCAGUGGAGAAGCUGGCAGACUACCUCGUCAGUGUGAGCUACUAG